UCUCUCUCUCUCUCUCUCUCUCUUUCUAUAUAGCACUCCCUGCCAUCUCAUUCCUCACCGGCUCCAUCUUCAUUCACACAAGCACCUCAUAAUAACCCCACUUCUUAUGCGUGCUUAACCUCUCUCUCUCUCUCUCUCUCUCUCUCUCUCUGCAGUCUGUUAAUUAGAAGAUGAGCAGCAGUAGUAGCAGUGUUUGUGCGGAACACAACAAGUUUCAUCCCUCCCACCAACUCCUCUCCCCACAAAAAACCCUUCGUCCCAUAGACAUCCCUCCUCGCAAGCUACUUUCCCACCACCACCACCCCAUAGACAUCAUGACGUUCUCCGCCGCCUCCCCAAGAACCGCCCCCAUCUUCCCCCCGGCCGACGAGUCCCUCCUUCUCAAGUUCCUCUCCUACAACUCCGACGCCGACGGUGACCCCGACCCCUAUGCCUCCGACCACUUCCGCAUGUUCGAGUUCAAGAUCCGCCGCUGCACCCGCAGUCGCAGCCACGACUGGACUGACUGCCCCUUCGCCCAUCCCGGCGAAAAGGCCCGCCGCCGUGAUCUCAGCCGCCACCACUACGCCGGCACUGUCUGCCCCGACUUCCGCCGCGGCGGGUGUAGCCGCGGCGACGACUGCGAGUUCGCUCACGGCGUGUUCGAGUGCUGGCUUCACCCUGCCAGGUACAGGACCGAGCCCUGUAAGGACGGCAAGAACUGCAAGAGGAAGGUCUGUUUCUUCGCUCACACGCCGCAGCAGCUGCGUGUAUUGCCUCCGCAGGAUUCCGGUGAUCGGCAGUAUCAGCGGAACUCGGCGGCGGUGGGUUCUCCGGCAAAGCAGCACUGUUGCUUCUUCUGUCACUCAAUCAAUGCUAACUCCCCAACUUCUACGCUGAUGGAUAUGUCCAAUUUCUCCCCGUCGUCGACUCCUCCGCUCUCGCCGCCUGUAUCGCCGGCCAAUUCCGGCCGAUCGGGAGGUGGGUUUGUGCUGGGGAGUCAGUCUAGGGAGAGGCGGUUGGGUAUGAACGGAAGUAGUGUAGCUGAUCAGAUAUCGAUGUUGAGUUACAAGAAUGUUCUGACGGAGCUGAUAAGUUCUUUGGAAGCCAUUAAUCUGAGUGAAGCUUCAUCGCUUGCCAAUUAUUGUGCUGAGAAGGGAAAUCAUCAAAACCAGUGGAUUAACAAUACUACUGAUAUUCGAGAAGAUGAAGAAGAAGAAGAAGAACUAAUUAAUAAUAAAGCCGUGACAAGUUCUACGCCUAAUGGGUCGUCGUCGUCGUCAUCAACAAGAGAUUUUUUAGCAGUAGAAAAAGAUUGUGGGAGAAAAGGGUGGAGGAGGGGUGAUGAAAGAGUGAGUGAGAACGGAUGGGGUUGUCCUGAUUUGGGGUGGGUCAACGAUCUAUUGAUGUAGAUAUAUUUUCUAGAGAGAGAGAAAGAGAGAGAUAGCUGAUGGAUCAUUUCAUCAUCAAUUAAUAAUGGCUGCACAUGUAGGUUGCUGAUGAAGAUGGGAAGAUGGGAGGAUGGGAAGGACGGGCAUGCACAAAAUUUUGCACAUCCUGGGUCAUCGAUCUAUAUAUAGCCAGCUUAAUUUGUGUUCAAUCGUGUUUGAAUCUUUUGAGCUUGAUUUGAGUCUGUCUGUAUAAUCUUUUCGGAAUUCUAAAGAGAGUAAUAAGAGAGACUUGGUCAUUUUCUUUCCA